ACAGGCGCCGGGGUGAGGCCGCUGUCGCUGCGGGGCUGGUCGGGCUGCGUCUGUGGGAGGCGCCGGGGUGAUGGCGGUGGAGACUCUGUCCCCAGAUUGGGAGUUUGACCGCGUUGACGACGGCUCGCAGAAAAUUCAUGCUGAAGUCCAGCUUAAGAAUUAUGGGAAAUUUCUCGAGGAGUAUACGUCGCAACUGAGAAGAAUUGAGGAUGCGCUUGAUGAUUCUAUUGGGGACGUCUGGGACUUCAAUCUUGAUCCUAUAGCAUUAAAGCUUUUGCCUUAUGAACAGUCUUCCCUUUUGGAACUCAUAAAGACUGAAAACAAGGUCUUAAAUAAAGUCAUCACUGUUUAUGCUGCACUUUGUUGUGAAAUCAAGAAAUUAAAAUAUGAGGCUGAAACUAAAUUUUACAAUGGUCUCUUGUUUUAUGGAGAAGGAGCUACAGAUUCUAGCAUGGUGGAAGGUGAUUGCCAGAUUCAAAUGGGAAGAUUCAUUUCAUUCUUACAGGAACUGUCCUGUUUCGUUACCAGGUGCUAUGAAGUGGUGAUGAACGUAGUCCAUCAGUUGGCCGCCCUCUAUAUCAGUAACAAGAUUGCACCCAAAAUUAUAGAGACAACUGGAGUUCAUUUUCAGACUAUGUAUGAGCACUUGGGAGAACUGCUAACAGUUUUGCUCACCCUCGAUGAAAUCAUUGAUAAUCAUGUCACCUUGAAAGACCACUGGACUAUGUACAAAAGGUUACUGAAAUCUGUCCAUCACAAUCCUUCAAAAUUUGGAAUUCAGGAAGAAAAAUUGAAGCCAUUUGAGAAGUUCUUGCUGAAGCUAGAAGGGCAGUUACUUGAUGGAAUGAUAUUCCAGGCCUGUAUAGAACAACAGUUUGAUUCUCUCAAUGGAGGAGUAUCUGUGUCAAAAAAUAGCACUUUUGCUGAAGAAUUUGCACAUAGUAUUCGCUCAAUUUUUGCAAAUGUAGAAGCCAAACUUGGAGAACCUUCUGAAAUUGACCAGAGAGACAAGUAUGUUGGAAUUUGUGGACUCUUUGUACUGCACUUUCAAAUUUUUCGAACUGUUGAUAAAAAGUUUUAUAAGUCUUUAUUGGACAUUUGUAAGAAGGUACCAGCCAUCACUCUCACUGCUAAUAUUAUUUGGUUUCCUGAUAAUUUUCUGAUCCAGAGAAUACCAGCAGCUGCCAAACUUCUAGACAGAAAAAGUCUUCAAGCCAUUAAAAUGCACAGGGAUGCUUUCCUACAGCAGAAAGCUCAGUCACUUACCAAAGAUGUGCAGUCUUACUACGUCUUUGUGAGCUCAUGGAUGAUGAAAAUGGAGUCUAUCUUAUCUAAAGAGCAGAGGAUGGAUAAAUUUGCUGAAGACCUCACCAAUAGAUGUAAUAUUUUUAUACAGGGCUUCUUAUAUGCAUAUAGCAUUAGUACCAUUAUUAAAACCACAAUGAAUCUCUACAUGUCAUUACAAAAACCAAUGACCAAAACUUCAGUUAAGGCAUUAUGCAGACUUGUUGAACUUCUUAAGGCAAUAGAGCAUAUGUUCUACAGGAGAAGCAUGGUUGUGGCUGAUUCAGUUUCACAUAUUACACAGCACCUUCAGCAUCAAGCUCUUAAUUCCAUUUCUGUGGCCAAGAAAAGAGUAAUUUCUGACAAAAAAUACAGUGAACAGCGUCUUGAUGUGCUCUCUGCUCUAGUUUUGGCUGAAAACACUCUAAAUGGACCAAGCACAAAACAACGACGACUUAUUGUUUCCUUGGCGCUAAGUGUUGGCACACAGAUGAAAACAUUUAAAGAUGAAGAACUCUUACCACUUCAAGUAGUUAUGAAGAAACUGGAUCUUAUCAGUGAACUCAGAGAACGAGUCCAGACACAGUGUGACUGUUGUUUUUUAUACUGGCAUCGAGCUGUCUUCCCAAUUUAUUUAGAUGAUGUGUAUGAAAAUGCUGUGGAUGCAGCCAGAUUACAUUACAUGUUCAGUGCUUUACGUGACUGUGUCCCUGCUAUGAUGCAUGCAAGGCAUUUAGAGUCCUAUGAGAUGCUCCUGGAUUGCUACGACAAGGAGAUUAUGGAAAUUUUAAAUGAGCAUUUGCUGGACAAGUUGUGCAAAGAAAUAGAGAAGGAUCUGCGCCUUUCUGUGCAUACUCAUUUAAAGCUGGAUGACCGGAACCCUUUCAAAGUUGGCAUGAAAGACCUGGCCCUUUUUUUCUCUCUGCAUCCAAUUCGGUUUUUCAAUCGUUUCAUUGACAUUCGAGCUUAUGUUACCCACUACCUAGAUAAGACUUUCUACAAUCUGACAACGGUAGCUCUUCACGACUGGGCCACAUACAGUGAAAUGAGAAACUUAGCUACUCAGCGCUAUGGAUUGGUUAUGACAGAGGCACAUCUUCCUAGUCAGACCUUGGAACAGGGCCUUGAUGUUUUGGAGAUUAUGAGAAACAUUCAUGUAUUUGUAUCUCGGUACCUCUACAAUCUCAAUAAUCAGAUUUUUAUUGAACGAACAAGCAAUAAUAAGCACUUGAAUACUAUUAACAUUCGGCAUAUUGCUAAUUCAAUUCGAACACAUGGCACUGGAAUCAUGAAUACAACAGUUAAUUUCACCUACCAGUUUUUGAAAAAGAAGUUUUAUAUAUUUAGCCAAUUUAUGUAUGAUGAACAUAUCAAAUCCAGAUUGAUUAAAGAUAUUCGGUUUUUUAGGGAAAUCAAGGACCAAAAUGAUCAUAAGUAUCCUUUUGAUAGAGCAGAAAAAUUCAAUCGAGGUAUCAGAAAACUUGGAAUAACACCAGAAGGACAGAGUUACCUUGAUCAGUUCAGGCAACUCAUCAGCCAAAUUGGUAAUGCUAUGGGCUAUGUGCGAAUGAUAAGAUCUGGUGGUCUUCACUGUAGCAGCAAUGCCAUUAGAUUUGUGCCUGAUCUCGAAGAUAUUGUAAAUUUUGAAGAACUAGUAAAAGAAGAAGGUCUUGCAGAUGAAACAUUAAAAGCAGCAAGGCAUUUGGAUUCAGUCCUCAGUGACCACACACGAAAUUCUGCUGAAGGUACAGAAUAUUUCAAAAUGCUUGUAGAUGUUUUUGCUCCAGAAUUUCGAAGGCCUAAGAACAUACAUCUCCGAAAUUUUUAUAUCAUUGUUCCCCCUCUGACCCUCAACUUUGUAGAGCAUUCCAUUAGUUGCAAGGAGAAAUUAAAUAAAAAAAAUAAAAUUGGAGCUGCCUUUACUGAUGAUGGCUUUGCCAUGGGUGUGGCUUACAUUCUAAAGCUUUUGGAUCAGUACCAGGAGUUCGACUCACUUCACUGGUUCCAGUCUGUUAGGGAGAAAUACCUGAAGGAGAUAAGAGCAGUUGCUAAGCAACAGAAUGUGCAGUCAGCUAGUCAAGAUGAGAAACUGCUGCAAACCAUGAAUCUCACUCAGAAGCGGCUGGAUAUCUAUCUGCAGGAGUUUGAGCUGCUUUAUUUCUCACUGAGCAGCGCAAGAAUUUUCUUCAGAGCAGACAAGACUGCAGCGGAAGAAAACCAAGAGAAGAAGGAAAAGGAAGAAGAAACUAAAACAAGCAAUGGAGACCUGCCCGACAGCACUGUGUCUGCUGAGCCGGUUGUGAAAUGACGUUGCUGGUACGUGGUGCCCAUAGGAAAUCGUCAGAAUUGCGUUCAGACUUUUGCCAGUGAAACAGGUGUUAAAAGCUAUUGAAUUAUUUCCUGGUCACAUCUCUGGAAAAUAUUUAGAUGUUGUAACUCUUUAAAGCAGUGUUUGAAAGUGACGUCUGUUCUGUUGCACAAGGCUCCGUUUCAAAGGUUGAGAAUGAAAUUUUAAAAUUAGAUUUUUGCCUCAACUUUAGUCUAGAAGGUGUUUCUAGGAACAGUUAAUUGAAGUAAAGUUACAGAGGACAAAUUAAAUUUCUAAACGGAAACCUCAGAUGUCAUUAUCUACAUGUUUGUAAUUUGUGUUUGCAUAGGUUGUUGAUCCAUAUUUGUCUCAAGUCAUUGGAAAUUCAAUACAUAUACUGUAUACAGCCAGUAAAUACAUAUUUUAAAAAAGGAAUUGAGCUUGAAUUCAUGAAGUAUACAUAUCAGUAUCCUUUGGAAGAAAUGUUAUGAAGAUGGCUUUGGUCCUGGACGUGAGGCACCGGGUGUGACCUGCCUUUCUGUACAGAGUAACUGUUGACCAGCCGUGUAGUAGUAAUCUCAUGUGACUCCCAGAGCUGCUCGUGUCUUCUAUGAGACAUUUUAUAACUAGUUUACAUUACUUUGGGAACAUCUGACCUCCAACAACUGCUUUAAGACUUAGUUCAUACUGGAAAGUCAGAUAAAGCCAUGGAGACCUGCUGGAAGCUUCAUUGCUGGUUGAAGGAAGGCACUGGGUAUGAUACGUUAAAAAAAUGUCUCUAUGUACAAACUCAGGUUUCUUCUCUGUUAGGUUGAAUUAAAAUCUUGGUAAUGGUUUGGCAAACUUUUUAUAAAGUAUAAGACAUCAGACUAAAUACUAAUUAUAAUAAUUGCACUGUGCAGGCUUUUAAACAUUACCACUGUGAGAAUAAAACUCUUAAUAAAAUAAAUCACUUAUUAAAAAGUACAGAAAGAUUUAGAGUAAAUUUAGUUCCCAGCAAGCUGUUAGCUUUAUUUUUGUCAAGGUAUGUUAGUUAAUAGUCAAUGGUUAAUCUUGUUUUUUUAAAGUAUAAUAAAUAAUUUCACAAUGAAAAGUUGAAAACUUUAAAUGUAAUAUGAACAUCAUUUUGGGAAACGCUUGAGUUUUCUAUCGCACUUGCCUGUGAAACAUUUCUUUGGGUAAAUCCUGAAAGAAAUUCUAACAUUGUUAGAAUUCUCCUAAUAUCCUUCUACUUCAGCUUUUUGAGUAGGUACACAGUGCCCUGGCUGUGCUUAUUGUUUAGGGUCAGGUUAAUGUUCUCAGCCUGAGAUCAGGACUUUCAUUGUCUUACAAGAGUAAAGAAGAAACACACCAUGUAAGAGAUGUUUUUUGUUUAUUUUGUCACCAUUGGUUACAGUUACUAACAGCGAGUAGAUUAAAAGCAUUUUAGUAUUUCUAAUCCAUACUAACUGUAGAAAAGGCCCUAAAGCAUGCUGCAUAAUUAAUUUAUAUUUUCAUUGCAGAUGUUUAUAUUAAUGAUCUUGGAUUUGGUUAUAUCAAUUUAGUCAUCAUUUCAUAGCAACAAUAUUGUUUUCCCUGUUCUUCUUCUCUUCCCUAAAAUCAUCCCUUUUAGUAGGGACACAGGUUGUGAUUUAAAAGAGAAUCAGUUGUUCUCUGCUUAUUAUUCCCACUCAUGUAAAUUAAUUGUUUUAUUAAUACUAGAGUCCACAUGCUGACUCCUUGGAUAUCUACAAUUGAGAAGAAAGUGACAAUUUUGUUAUCUUUAGUAAAAUGUAAUAAUGUCACUGUAGUCUGGAUUAAUUGUAAGUUCAUAUAUUUGAAAUAAAAUUUCUGAAAAGAUUAUAUUUAAAUUGUAUUAAACUGUAGAGUAACAGGGCUUCAGUGUAUUCUUGCCGAAGUUAAUGAAUGUAUAGAUUUGGAGAUGGUUUUCCUUGCUAACAUAUUAAUUUUUUUCAAGCAUACUAUAAUUUAAAAAUUAUCUGAGCAUUUGUUAUAAUUUCACAGAAAACAUAAUGAUGUUCAAAUUCUCAGGAAUUAAGGACUAAUCAUAAGAUUGUGAGUUUUAAUUAAAUUUUGUAAAAGAUGGCAAGUUUGUUGCCUCACUUGAGUGGGGCUUCCUCCCUCAAUUCUAAGAGACAAUAUGUUUAACAAAACAUUAAUAAAUACAGUUUCACAAAUUCCUUCCCUUGUAUGU